AAUGGAAGAGUCAGUGAAACCAGAGUUCGCUUCCGCCUCUGACUGAGCAACAGUUGUGCCGGCGAUUCAAGGAAUGGAGUAAUUCGGGGAAUUUUUUUUAAAAAAAGCUGCCCCUCCUCCUCUUGUUCAAACGCUGCCUGAUGGUCCUAUGGUGAGCUCGGACCAACGGCUGGAGUCCCUUUAAAUCAGCACCUCUUUGCUGAGUCACGGAGCCCGUUCGCUGCUUGGGCCAGAGGAGCAGUUCAUUUCCUUUAAACCUGCUCCUUGCACCGCGUUCCAGUGUCUGGUGAUCGGAGCGUUUAAACCUCGGCCCUUCAAAGGGGGAAGGCAGCUGAAAUCCCCCCUCACCUUUCGGAUCCACCCACAAUCACAGCUGCUGCUUAUCGUGGUGAUGGGUACAGCUCGUACGCCUGGCUUGGACUCGGCUGUCGGGAGGUUAGGUUGUGCUGACGUUCCUAGCGGAUUAGGGACCGGAUUCUGGGCUUUUGAAGUGACUCCGUCUGGUAUUUGAGUCCAGGAGCUGACACUCGGAGAGCUUCUGAGUGAGGUUUCCAGGCAGUGGUGAGACAGCCAUGGCUCUGAUCGUCCACGUGUUGGCCGCCCUCUUCGGAACGGGCUCCUGGAUCGCCAUCAACGGGCUGUGGGUGGAGCUGCCCCUCAUUGUACCCGAGAUCCCAGAGCACUGGUACCUGCCCUCUUACCUCACCAUCAUCAUCCAGCUGGCCAAUGUGGGGCCCCUGCUCGUCACGCUGACACACAAGUUCCUGCCCGACCGGAGGGUGGAGUCGGCCGUCAUCUACGCCAUCGUGUGCAUCGGCAUCGUGGCCUCCUUCCUGCUGCCGUUCUUCUGGAGGUGGACCACCCUGUUCGCCGGCUCCCCCCGCAGCUUGGCGCUGCUAACUUUGGCCUUCUUCCUCUCCCUGGUGGAUUGCACGUCGUCUGUCACCUUCCUGCCCUUCAUGGCCCGCUUCCGGCCCAAGUUCCUGACCUCCUACUUCAUCGGGGAGGGGCUCAGCGGGCUGGUGCCGGGCCUUGUGGCCUUGGCGCAGGGGGUGGGGGUUGUCAACUGUGUCAACGCCUCCUCGAACGCCACCAGUGGGCUGGUGGCCCACUACCAGCCGGCCAACUUCCCCCCAGAGACCUUCUUCUUCUUCCUCAGUGGUGUCAUGGCCUUGUGCCUGCUGGCCUUUGUCCUGCUCAACCACCACCCCCGGGCGCGGCGCCAGCGAGCAGCGGAGGAAGGGUACGGCGAGAGGCCGGGCUCCGCCAGCGGGGGCCUGGAGUUGGGCGGCAGGGAGGGGGGGCCGGAGCAGAAACCCAUGAUCGGGAGGCCGGAUGCGGGGACCAAGGACGGGGGGAUCCCCCGCCCCCAGAUGGUGCUGAUCUUCCUGAUGCUGGCGUGGGUGAACGCGCUGACCAACGCGGUGCUCCCCUCCGUCCAGUCCUACUCCUGCCUGCCCUACGGGAACCUGGCCUACCACCUCUCGGCUGCCCUGGGGGCCGUGGCCAACCCGCUGGCCUGCUUCGUGGCCAUGUUCUACCCCAACCGGUCUCUGAAGCUGAUAGGCUUCCUGACGCUAGCUGGCACACUGGUGGGAUCCUACAUCAUGGGCAUGGCUGCCCUGAGUCCGUGUCCCUGGCUGGUUGACUCCAGAGCUGGCACCACUCUUAUUGUCCUGUCAUGGGUGGUCUUCGUGGGGACGCUGUCCUACGUGAAGGUGAUGAUCGGGGUGAUCCUGCGGGACGAGGGCCGCACUGCCCUGGUCUGGUGCGGGGCCGUGGUGCAGCUGGGCUCCAUGCUGGGCGCCCUCACCAUGUUUCCCUUGGUCAGCGUCUACAACCUCUUCCGCUCCGGAGACCCCUGCAACACCGUGUGCCCGGUCUAACCAGUGGCCGCAGGCGGGCGGGGCAGUGACGUACCUGGUAACAGAGUGGCGGAUGUGGGCUGUGUGCCUGUCACAUGACCCCCCCACCACCACCCUUUUUCCCCCCCCACCUCCAGCCUCCAGGCUCUGCCCCAAGGGGUUAGAGGGGAGGUGGGUGGGAGCUUCUCCCGUGGUUCUGCUGUCGUGUGGACAUGGAGAGAGGGAUCGGAUGUGACAGAGACAGAGGAGUUGGCGUCUGUGCUUGUUCCAUCCCAUCCCCCUCUUCACCCCCCCCCACCAGACGAUGGUCAGCGUGGUGGAAGGCCAUCCUUGGACCUGGUUCCUGUCCUGAUGGUGGGAACCAAAAGCCUCAGGAGAUCUGGAUCACACAUGGAUGCUGCCUGACCUGCUGAGUUCCUCCAGCAUUUGCUCCAGAUUCCAGCGUCGGCAGAAUUCCUUGUGUCUCCGGAUCAAACUCUGGUAGGUGGGAGCAUCCACGGGGAGGGUGUGGAGGGCAGGGUCGGGGUGCUGACACAGCUCCCUGACUCCAGGGCGGAGAUGCUGGUGUCAAUUUGGGUGCAGCCUGCCUCUUUUCCAAGAGCUUUAGGCGUCUUCGUUGAACCAGGAAUCCUCCAUCUAAAGUUGCAGCAGGGUGUGAUCAGGAGCAAGAGACCACUCUGCCCCUCUGUCAUUGUUCCUUCUUGCCCGAUUCCUGUUUGAAGUCCCGUCAAUCUGCGAUAUUCCAGCACAAAACAUCUCAGUUUUGUCAUUGGGUUGCAGACGUCAGAUGGGGUGCAAGAUCAUAAGGUGCAGGGGCAGAAUUAGAUCAUUGAGUCUGCUCCGCAAGGCUCCAGAUCCCUUCCUGGCUUCUGACUGUGUGAACCAAUGGAUUGGCUGUGCGUUACUGAUCGUACACCAGUUUCCGCUCCGGGAAGAAGGUUCUCUCUCUCCCUCAAUCUACAGUGUAGCCUAAGGGAUAGGUUACCAUAGCAGCAGCUGGAGAUCCGGACUGUAGGUUCAGAGACGCCAGUUUGGAUCCCUCGAAGGGAGCUGGGAAUUAUAAAUUAAACUGAUUAUCCAAUCCGGACUCGGUAAGGACGGCGAUGACCCUACUGUCUGUUCACGUAUGUCCUUCGGGAAGCAGUGUGUCGUCCUCGCCCACUCUGGGGAGAUGCCCAUUGUCCAACGUGACUGACGCUUAACUGAUUCCUCAGUUGGGGAGCGAUUGGGGUUGGCCAAUAAAUGCUGGCGUUUAAAGUGAUGUCCAGAUCCCGUAACUGAAUAAACUGAAAAAUCAACUCCUGAGGGGUCACUUAGACUGCUGACCACAGAGGACGGCACAGCACUGUACGGGCCCUUUGGCACACAAUAUUGUGCUAACCUAUAUAAACCUACUCCAUGAUCAAUCUAACCCUUCCCUCCUGCAUAGCCCAUAACCCUCCAUUUUUCUUACAUCCAUGUGCCUAUCUAAGAGCCUUUUAAAUGUCCCUGUUGUAUCAGCCUCUCCCACCACCCCCGGCAGUGCGUUCCAGGAACCCACCAAUCCGUGUACAAAAAAAAACACCUACCUUUGACAUCUCUCCUAAACUUUCCUCCUCUGACCUUAAACUGAUGGUAUUGGCUGUUGCCACCCCUGGGGAAAAGGUGCUGGCUGUCCACUCUAUGCCUCUCAUAAUCUUAUACACUUUAUCAGGUCACCUCUCAUCCUGCAUCGCUCCAAAGAGAAAAGACCUAGCUUGCUUAAUCUUUCCUCAUAAGACAUGCUCUCCAAUCCAGGCAGUAGCCUGGGAAAUCUCCUCUGCACCCUCUCUAAAGCUUCCACAUCCUCCCUAUAAUGAGGGGACCAGAACUGAACACAAUACUCCAAGUGUGGUGUAACCAGAGUUCUGUAGAGCUGCAACAUUACCUCACGGCUCUUGAACUCAGUACCCCGACUAAUGAAAGCCAAAACACCAUAUGCCUUUUUAACAACCCUAUCAACUUGCGUGGCAACCUGAUUCCUGUAAUGAGGUGACCAGAACUGAGCUCCAGCUGUAGUCUAACCAGAGUUUUAUAGAGCUGCAACAUUACCUCGUGGCUCUUGAACUCAGUACCCCGACUAAUGAAAUCCUGCUCUCUUGGAACAGCAACAGGGAGGUGAUAGGGAGGCAAAGCUCCUGACCCAACCGGAGGGACGAGGCUGGAGAUUUGGGUGACAUUAGCCACUGGGGUCCAAGCCAUCUAAUUUUUGGCCCAGUGCGGGACCUGGAACUGCCCUGCAUUGGGACAUUGGUUCCUCUCCUUCCCAUUGACCCUCAAAGGCGCAGGGAGCACCAGCCAAUCAAGGGCCGUGACUUGUGGCUGGUGGCUCCCCCUGGUGGUGGGAUGGGCUGGCAGCUUUAAUAAGGUGGGAGGCCACACUCUGGCAUCAUCCCGUUCCUCCUCUUUUCCAAGAGCUUUAGGCGUCUUCGUUGAACCGGGAAGGAGAGGUUUAUGGGCCAAGUGUGGGACUAGCUCGCUGGGCAGCACAGUCGGCAUCGAUGAGUUGGGCCAAAGGGCCUGUUUCCAUGUGGUAUGACCUUUUUUUUUAAAAAGCAAAACAACCCACUGCUGCUCUCUCUGGAGUGGCCAAGGCUGUUGCUCGGGGAGGGAGGGGACGUGCUGUCUGGACAGGGAUCUCCUCCAUCCUCCACCCAGGAUGUGGUGGACGACUGUUACUCUGAAGGUGAAAGGGCCACCGCUGGGCUGGAGCAGAGCCCCAGAACACACUCUGCCCAACAAAGCUAAAUGUGGAAACCUGUCCACCCAACGAAGACCAAAGACACUUCUCAUAAACCCAAAUUCUGGGCUUAUCUGCACCUUCCUCUGCUUCCUGGUGCUAUUCAAGCCCUGCUGCUCCCACUGGUACACUCUAGUUCUCGUGUUUGAAUAAGUGUUCUUCAGGUUUCAUUUCUAACUGGCUGGAAAUGAAGAUUAUGCCACAAUAAAGUAUUUGUUGAUAGUGAA